UCCCCUGUCAGUCAUUGGCUCCCUGCGGUUUCCUUGGGGACGUGGCGCCGCCGCCGGCGCAGGCCUCCUUCCGGCUGGGCUGGAGACCGUGGGCAUUCGCCCGGGACCGCGCGGAGAGGUGCUGAGGAGCGGCGGGCCCCUGGACCCGUGAGUGCUGCAGGCUUAGGAGAUGCCUGGGACAAGGAGACCGCCUUCUCAGGGCAAAAGGAAAAGGAGGUGACAGGCGUUGGGACCACUGAGGGGAACCCAUGGCGAGAAUCAGUUUUUCCUACCUCUGCCCAGCCUCCUGGUACUUUACUGUGCCCACAGUGAGCCCAUUUUCCCGUCAGCGGGUGGCAUUCCUAGGACUCUUCUUCAUAUCCUGUCUCCUUCUACUUAUGUUAAUCAUGGACUUUCGACAUUCGGGUGCUUCAUUACCACGAGAUAGGCAAUAUGAAAGGUAUUUGGCUCGAGUAGGGGAGCUUGAAGCUACUGAUACUGAAGACCCAAAUCUAAAUUAUGGACUUGUUGUGGACUGUGGCAGCAGUGGCUCCCGGAUUUUUGUUUAUUUUUGGCCAAGACAUAAUGGGAACCCCCAUGAUUUGCUGGACAUUAAACAGAUGAGAGACCGCAACAGCCAACCGGUGGUUAAAAAAAUCAAGCCAGGAAUCUCUGCAAUGGCAGACACUCCUGAACAUGCCAGUGAUUACCUUCGUCCUCUGCUGAGCUUUGCUGCUGCUCAUGUGCCUGUGAAGAAGCACAAGGAGACCCCCCUCUACAUUCUGUGCACCGCGGGCAUGAGGCUUCUUCCUGAGAGGAAGCAGUUGGCUAUCCUGGCUGACCUAGUGAAAGAUUUACCACUGGAGUUUGACUUCCUCUUUUCACAGUCUCAGGCAGAAGUGAUCUCUGGGAAGCAAGAAGGGGUUUAUGCAUGGAUUGGAAUCAACUUUGUUUUGGGAAGAUUCGACCAUGUGGAUGAAUCAGAUGCUGAAGCCCCGCAGGAAUUGGCAGCAGGACGCAGAAGGACAGUAGGAAUACUGGAUAUGGGAGGAGCCUCUCUCCAAAUUGCUUAUGAAGUUCCUACCUCAACCUCAGUCCUUCCUCCAAAACAGGAAGAGGCUGCGAAGAUCCUGCUGGCUGAAUUCAACCUGGGCUGUGAUGUGCAUCACACUGAACAUGUAUAUAGGGUUUACGUAACCACCUUUUUGGGUUUUGGGGGCAACUUUGCCCGACAGCGCUAUGAAGACCUUGUGCUGAAUGAAACUCUUAACAAAAACAAGUUGUUGGGCCAGAAGACAGGUCUGAGCCCUGACAGUCCAUUUCUGGAUCCUUGCCUGCCCGUGGGACUCACAGAUGUGGUGGAGAGGAACAGCCAGGUCCUGCAUGUCCGAGGAAAAGGAGACUGGUCGACUUGUGGGGCAAUGCUGAGCCCCCUGCUGGCUCUCUCUAACACCAGCCAGGCCUCCCUGAAUGGCAUCUACCAGUCACCAAUUGACUUCAACAACAGCGAGUUCUACGGUUUCUCUGAGUUUUUUUACUGCACGGAGGAUGUGUUGCGCAUCGGUGGCCGCUACCAUGGGCCAACAUUUGCCAAGGCUGCUCAGGACUACUGUGGCAUGGCUUGGUCAGUACUAACUCAGAGAUUCAAGAAUGGCCUUUAUUCAUCACAUGCAGAUGAGCAUCGACUCAAAUAUCAGUGUUUUAAAUCGGCUUGGAUGUACCAAGUCCUUCAUGAAGGAUUCCACUUUCCCUAUGACUACCCAAACCUGCGGACAGCCCAGCUGGUAUAUGACCGGGAGGUUCAGUGGACGCUGGGAGCCAUUCUGUAUAAAACACGAUUCCUACCACUCAGGGAUCUACGGCAGGAAGGUGUCCGACAGGCCCAUAGUAGCUGGUUCCGUCUCUCCUUUGUCUACAACCACUAUCUCUUCUUCGCCUGUAUCCUGGUGGUGCUAUUGGCCAUCAUCCUGUACCUUCUGCGGCUACGCCGAAUUCACCACCGACAGACUCGAGCCUCAGCUCCACUGAACUUGCUGUGGAUUGAAGAGGUGGUGCCCAUGAUUGGGGUACAGGUGGGGCCUUGAGGCUGAGCAAGGACUGUGGAAGCUCAAGUACUCCAGAGUUGCUGCUCAUUGAAUUCCACCACUUUCUUGUAAUGGCUUCGGAUGCUGCUUUGCCUGACCUGGUGGAUAUUUUGGCAUUGGAAUUUCCACUUUAAUUCCUCUCAAUCUCCAGGUCCUCUUAUCUGAGAGAAGCUGUAACUUAGUCUGUGAAGAACUAAGUAAUGAGAGAUUGGUGCUAACAAAGGUGACAGCCUUAGUCCAACUGAAGCACGCUUCUCCUUUAUCUGAGAGAUCUGGUGUGUUCCAGGGCUCUAGACUUUUCUCCCCUUGCAAAAGCAUGAAGUUUGGCAUUGGGCCCCCUGGACGCUGAGGUGAAACCAGGCUUGGAGCGUCUGAUACAAAGCCGAAGACAUUCUAGCAAGUGCAGCAGCCCCUUCUUUCUCUGUAACAGAGAGAUCAUUUAUGUGGAGAUCCACAACCCUUAAUAGGGGUCCAAGAUAAUUUGCAGUUCAGUGGAACAGAUAUGAAUUUCCAGGCAACCAAAAUAACACUUCUUUGUUUCUUUGACAAAGAAGCCAUUGAGUGUGGACCAAGGUCUCUGACAGUGUUGCUGAUGUUAGUAUGUGAUUUUAAAAGGUUAGCACCCCUUCUAAAUGAAUGGAUCAUCAAAGAUUUUGACUAAGUCUUAUCUGAUGUCUUGUAUGACCAGGACAGAAAAAUUUUCCAUGUCUAUGUGCCUCAGAGGCUGUUUGGGCAUUAAUUUUUCUUUUUGAGUCUUAAAUAUGCUUGUAGGAUGGAGAAACUGUGAUGGGUAUUGGAGACCUGGGUUUGGUUUCAGGUCACUGUCCUAUAGGCCUAUUUAAAAAAAAAUUUUUUUUUUUUUUACUGAUUUUAUUGGGCUGACAUUGGUUAAUAAAAUUAUUUAGGUUUCAGGUGUACAAUUCUGUAAUACAUCAGCUGUAUAGUUUGUUCACCACCCCAAGUCUCCAGGCCUAUUUUUAUGAGCCCGUAUACAGGAAGAUUCAAAAGAGUUCCUUUAUUUCACUGCUAAGAUCACUAAAAGCAAUAGUUUGGGAAGGGAUAUAUUUGGGUUGUUUUUAUAGAAGGAAAGAACAAUAUCAGGAUAGUGGGCAAAGGCAAUAAAAUCCAAGCUCUUAUUUAUUCAUAUUUUUCUGAGAAAUCAAAAUUUUCUCAAUUUGACUCUGAGAAUGUCUGAAAAGAAGCAAAUUCUAAACUUUGGAAUAAAUAGAUAAAUCUGUUAUUAAGCCACAUGGAAACUUUCAGAACCUUUGUUAAAAGAUUGCUCAGUCACAAACAGCAUUUCCAUUAAUGAGGAGAGGGGAAAAGCCGUAAUUAUUGCAUUUUCAUCCGUGACCUCCAGGAGCUUUGCUCCUCCUGGCCUUUACGUUGCGGGAAGAGCCGUUCAUGAACGUCCACCUUCUCUCACGGUGCGUUCUUUACACUCCAUCCUUUCCUAUGUGUAGCCUUGAAUGUUCUGCCCAAGAAUGUGCUCCCAGGGUUGAAGUAGCUUUCUUUUCUUUUCUUUUUUUGUCACCUUGAUUUCUAAAACUAGGUAACCAGGGGAAAUGGACCUUGACUUCCAAGGGGAAAAAAGUGAAAAAGAUUUUUUAUUUUUUUCUCCCUUUAAUCCUCACCCAAGGAUAUACUUUUAUUGAUUCUUAGAGAGAACAGGAGAGACAGAGAGAAACAUCAGUGUGAGAGACAUUGAUCAGCUGCCUUCUGCAUGGGCAGUUCUAGCUGUUUAGUAUGGGCUCUGACUGGAAAUCGAACUUGCACCUCACCCCCACCCCCAGUGCACAGACAAUACUCCAAGCAACUGAGCCGCCUGGCCAGGGCAGAAGUGAAAUUCUUAAAAUGUAAAUUUCAUACUGGAAGCAGAAGGGAAUUAAAUGCUUCAUAAAACAGAAAAAUCAAGGUAAAAAGAUGACAAGUCUUGAACGGUUUUCAAAUUAGAUAAUAAUGGAUCUGGCCAAGUAUCUUAUAGUUUCCUUUGGAAAUAGAUUUUUAGGACUUAUAUCACAGUAAUUUCCAUUAAUUUCUAAGACUUAUAAAUUACCUUGAUUUUCUUUGACUUAUCUUUCUGUCACUGUAAGCCCUCGCCUUAUGAAUGCUUAUAAUGUCAAAAUGUUUUUCUUAGCCCUUGCCUACUCAGGUAACUCUUUUCCUCUCACCUUGGUUUCCAAAUACUGUUUGCAUUUUUCUUGUAGAUCUAGUCAGUGAUCUAGUCAAAAGCUACCUAAUAGGCUAACGGUGAUCCCUCUCGUGUCUCAAAAUGAAGUUCAAGCAGGGAGAAGGUGGUGAUUAGUCCCGAUUGAAAGAUUUUAUGAAGUUAUUCUUCCUGGUUAUAAUAAUAAUAGCUACCAUUUGUUAAGCCCUUAAUGUGUACCAGACAUUCUGUUCAGAUUUUUAUAUAUAUUAUUCAAUCAUAUGGCAUUCUUUCAGAUUGAUAUUACCAUGUUUUUUUUUACAGUUCAGAAACUCAGGAUACUUAUGUUUAUAAUUUUUUGACUGUAAAUGUAUUUCAUAUUCUUAAUUUAUUUUAAUUAGUCUUUAAUUAGUGUGCUAUCUCCUGUACAUUAUUUUAAUAUUACAAUCUCGGCUUGUCUUUAUUGCCGUGAGUAAAACGUGUCAGAGUUCCAUAGUAUAAAAUGAAGGACACAUUUUUAUCACGCCCUUCAGAAAAACUGAAUAGAUGCUCUUAGUACUGUUUCCUGUACUUCUCCCAUUGCUCCCAAUUAAUGAUCUUAAAAUACAUUUCAUUAGCUAGAAACAGGAGCCAUUUAUUUCUUGCAGAGGGGCAACUAUAUAUAUUGCUUUCUUUUCAUGAAAUAUUUUUGCUUAUUGAGUCAGACAGUCUGUCUUACUUUUUAGCUGUUUCUAAAGAUUUUUAAAAGGUUUCUUUUUGCAUUUUUGCCUUUUGAGUAGUUCUGUGAAUAUAAUUAUGGUUUCAUAAAAGUCACAUUCCAGUAGUUCCUUUGAAUCCUACAGACUAGUGUUUCCGAUAAUAGCAACAAUGAGCCUGAACUGUUUUAGUACUUUUAUCAUCACUGGGAGAGGUCACAAAUGUCAGAACCAGAGUCAGUGCUUAAAGGGGUGAUGUUUUAUGGCACACCCCAUCCCUCUUCUCUGAAUUCUUAUCAAUACAGCAUAAGGAAAAUAUGAGUAACAUCCAUUUAUAUGGCAUUAUAUUCACUUAAGUUGCAGUUAAUUCUAAGGGAAAUUAUACCAUGUUUCUCUUUGUAUCUUAGUUCCUUGAAUUGAUUUUCCGUGGUCAAGGAAAUUUUAAUCAGUUUCCACUAUUUUUAUUUAUUCUUCUGAUGUCAUCCAAAAUAUUUUGACUGUUCCCUCCUCAGUCUAAGAGCUUCCUAAAUAGAAGCUCCCCGCACCCCCCCGACCCCAGCCCUAUUCUUAUAGUUUUGUGUUUUGCUUUUUGUCAGGAGUGGGUGGUAUGAUUUUGGGGAAAGAACAUCAGACUUCAUGAACAGCAGACUUGGAUUCUAGUCCUGGCUUUGUCAUUAACUAGCUCUGUUACUCCAGGCAAGUCACUUGCCCUUUCUGGUUCAUUUCUCAUCUGUAAAACAGGAUGGCUAGACAAGAUGAUAUGAGGUUAGUCCCAAAGGGAGAACCAUAAGACAUUAAAUGCAGGUGAGAAGGUAGAAAAGUAGUAUGGUUUCAGGAAGAGGAUUUUGGUCUUUGGUUUUGAAGACUAAAAGAGCCAGUGGCCAUCUACUUUAUCCAUUCCCCCUGACAUUCCCUGGUGCGAAUGGAGUAUCCAACAGCUAUCAUUAUACAUCCAUUUCAGGGCAUGAGAUUUUAAAGGGAUUUUAGAGGUCUUCUGGUCAACCCCCUUGAUUUUAUAGAUGAUGAAAUUGAAUCCCAGAGCAGUAGUAAUAGGUGCUAUUACUACUAUAGCAGUAGUGACAGCUGCCAUGAGAUGCUCAGAAUCUUCCUGCAAGAUUGUGUAUUUCAAUAGAGUCUAUUCUUUAUAAUAUUAGCUGACUGCAACUAUUACUAUAAACAUGCCCCAUCUUUGUAACUGCUUCUGAUCUUCACUUGUGAUCACUUUGCUCAUAUUUAGGAAUAAAAUAUGAAAUACUUUGCUAGGGACAGUACCAGGUUUUCACUACAUCUACUCUAGCUUCUGUAUUUAAUACUUUAAAAUUUUAGAUAUUUUUUAAACAAUUUGCUUAAUUUUGUACAGUUUUCCUUUUUUUCUUAUUCCUCAUCUGAGGAGAUUUUCCAUUGAUUUUUAGAGAGAGUGGGAGGGAGAGAGAGAGUGGGAGGGAGAGAGAGAGAAACAUCGAUGUGAGCCAUAAAUUGGUUUGCCUCCUACACAAGUCCCAACCAGGGCCAGGGAUCAAGACUGCAACCGAGGUACAAGCCCUUGACUGGAAUGGAACCCAUGGGCAGACACCCUAUCCACUGAGCCAAACCAGCUAGGACUUGUGCACUUUUCUUAAGCAUAGCAUCCAAGCAAGUCAUGUGACGGUUACAAUCUAAAUUAUUUAAGGUAUAAAUGCCUAUUAGAUCUACCUCACUAAGGAACUUGGUUGUAUUUCUUGGGCAGUUUCCAGAUCCCUUACAGAAACAGAGUGCUGUUUCUCUUUGCUAUCUUUAAACUUCUUUUCAAUAAGGUAGAGGUAGCAGUGGAUGUUUCAUAUUCUCCCAACGUAGUUUCUGUGUCAGAGUCCUGCCACUAGGGCCAUAUGUUCGCCAAACCUGUGAGGAUUUUGUUGGUGUUAUAAAAAGUAUUUGUUAAAAAAUAAGGCCUUUUUAAAAUAUCCUAAUAGACCUCCCUUGUAUUAUUAAUCAAGUUUUCCUUUGUUCUAAUAUUUAUUAUUUCUCAGUACUUUUAUUGGAAGGACAGAGGAGAAAUGUAUCUGUUGACCAUUUUGUAUCUCUGGAGUCUGAGCAAUAGAAAUCCUUUUAUUUGUAAAAAUGAAUUAUUACUCAUACUAUAAGGGCUUUCUACUUUUAAAAUGUAUUCAAUCAU